AACUAAUCUUACUUCAUAGUAGAGGCUAUAGAUGAACAAGUGACACACACGAGGAACACAGUUUUACAAGCUUACAUUCCAAGAGGCUUAAUUAUGGCUUCCAAUGUAACCCAAAAUCCAAAUGCAUCAUCUCUGGAUUGUGGAAUUAAUAACGAAGCAUGGGACAUAGCCCUUCCCAUUCUCUAUUUCACCAUUUUCCCCCCUGCUCUUCUGCUGAACCUUGUAGUAGCCUGGAUAUGUUUACGCCUCCAGGCCAACUCUACUUUCAUGGUGUAUCUGAAGCACUUGGUGGCCGCCGACCUCCUCAUGACUUUGACCUUCCCCAUCCGAGGUGCCAGCGAGCUCCCAGGAGCCUCCCAGGGGCUGCACAUGUUCGCCUGCCGAUUUUCGAGCGUCUUCUUCUACCUAGCCAUGAACAUGAGUGUGAUUUUGAUGGGACUCAUCAGCCUUGAUCGCUACUUAAAGAUCGUGAGAUCUGGAGGAGGUCUUCUGUGUCAGAACCUGCUUUUCAGUAAUGUCCUAUCAUUCGUUAUCUGGAUUGCGUUGAUCUGCUCUAAUACGUUACCGGUUAUUAUCACAACAAACCAAGACCCUACAGACAAGCCUGGAGAGGUCUGCAUAGCCAUGAAAAAUGAACUAGGACUUAUUUGGCACGAGGUAGUCGUCAUGUUCGGCAAAGUGCUUUUUUGGACAGUGUGCAUUAUAGUUGUGUUUUGUUACACCUGCAUUGCUAAGACGGUUUUGGAGUCAUAUCAGAGGUCUCGCGGCAACAAAGACAAGCGGAAACGUAAAGCAAAGUUUCGGGUUUUUCUUAUUCUUUUCGUAUUUUUUAUCUGUUAUGUACCUUACCACUGUAUCCGAAUACCUUAUACUAUAUUACAGGUUCAAAGCAAUAGCACGUGUUCCAAGCUUAAACUUAGAAUAGGUAAGGACUUUACCCUCUGGCUCUCAGCUCUAAAUGUGUGCCUGGACCCCUUGAUCUACUUUUUUCUCUGCAAGGCUUUCAGGGAGAAGUUUUCUGAGAUAUUUGACCUUAGACGUUUUUUCCCAUCCUUUGGAAAAAACAGUGAUGUAUGUCAGUCCUCAGAUACUUCACUCAAAGCUUAAUGUAAAAACCAUGGCCUUUUUUAAAUUAUUAUUUUAAAGAAUUGCAAUUUAAGGCAUUUUAAUUUCAAGUUAUACAGCCGUAAACUGUGAUUGUGUGCUAGGUUGUGUAAAUAACUGCCAUGGUAUGAGAGCUUAUGACGCAUCAUUACAGAACGCUGAAUGUAAAAUGAUGUUGAAACCACAUCAGGAAGGUAAUGUUAUGCACAGUUUCACAUUAGAGACCAAUAUAUAUCUUUUGAUGCAUCUGUGUUUGAUAUAAACAAGUCAUCAUUUGUGCAGCUUUUUUUGUAAUGAAUGUAAAUGAAUGUUUUUUUUAUAUAUUUUUUUUUUUUAUUGGACGAAGGGUCUAAAGUUCGAAAACCUGUUCAGUAGUAUGUGUGGAAAACCAGUUUAUAGACAAAUAUUGUAACAUUCGUUUUGUAAAUAUAUCAGCACAUAUACAUUAAUAAGCAUGUCGUUAUAUUUAAUUUAGACAAAUGCAUGUACUGCAGUAAGAGCUACUUGUAUUUUUAAUGCAUGAAAUGUAUCCAAUAAAGUUUUCUUACAGUAAAA